CUAAUGUGUGGUGUUCAGUCUAGAGCUAGAGCAGAGCGCGAGGACUGACUCAAAUUCUCAAUUCCCCGAAUUGAGCAGUUUGUUGUUGUGUUUUGUGAAUUUGGUUUGGUUUUGUGACGGCCAAGGCUCGAAAUCGUUCGAGAUGAAUUCUUACGCCGAUAAUAUCACAGCAAGCUUGGAAAACAGCAGGAAUUGUCUUCGUCGCAUCGCUCGCAACGACGACACGGAAUUCUCCAAUCACAGCAUCUUGCACCUGAUGGAGAAGUUCGUGAAGAGCGUCAACACGAUGGACGAGACGAUUUUGGUCCCUUGUCGCCUGAUGGAUCUGAAAGUGGGCGACGAGAACGACCCGGCACGUCCCAAGAAGCAUAACCAGAAGCCAAAACACGGGGUCCAGGAGCUGCUUAGUUCCGUAGACCUGUUCCAAAUCUACAACAUGCUGCAUAACGUGAAGGCCGAUUUGCUGUGGGGACAGGGGCACGCGGGCGAGGAAACCCCGGCCCCCGCCACCCCGGCGGUCAAGGGGCACGUUCGCAGGCCGUCGACGGUCAGCGUGGCGUCCACCAAUUCCUCGGCCUCCACAAUCAGCGACUCCGAGUCGGACGCUGGGAACGAGAACGACUCGGGGAUUGAGGAGUCUCAGGAGUGCUACGGCGACCGGUCGGAGCAAGUGGCACAGAAUUUCAGAAGGCACUUGGUAGGGCUCACGCACUCGCUGAGGCAGAUGACCGAGGCCGCCCAGUACCUCACUUCGCGGUAUCAACACGAUAUUGGCGGGCCGGUGUGAUAGGAUGUCGAGGGAUGGUGUGAAUGGAGAGUGCAUGAUCAGGUGUGGACGAAUGCGUGCAAUUAAUUUAAAAGAGUGAUAUUGUCAAUUAUGUUUGUUUGCUCCUUUAUUGUUAUUAUUAUAUUUAUUUUAGUGAGAGUUAAAUUGUAUACCUCUGGAUAAGUAAAGGAAAUUCAUUAAAUAUAUUAUUUAAUUUAAA